AUGCGGUGUUGCGUUUGCUAUUCCGACGAGACCGAGUUGGGGGAUUGCGAGGUGAUUGAAUGCGCGAGUGGACACGUGACGUGCGCGGAAUGCUUCAACGAGCACGUGAAAGUGGAAACCGCGAAAGGCGCCGGGGAGCGAGAAAAACGAAACGGGAACAUCAUGUGUCCGAUGUUCUCCGAGGCGGUGCCGAAGGAGCAGCGGUGCCCGGCGAAAGCGUUUGACGAUCGCGACGUAGCUCGGUUCUGCGAGGCGGAAACAUUUAACGAAUACAAUAGGCAAAAAUUAGCGCUGAAAGAGAAACAGAUCGUAGAGCAAGUGGAGAAAGACUUCGAGGAGCGGUUGGCGAGGGAGAAAAAAAGGGCGAUGGAGACGAGUUCGGCGGAGGAGAAGUUACGGUUGGCGAAGGAACACGUGAUUGAGAAAGUUUUGACGUUGAGUUGCCCGAGGUGCGAACAAGCGUUCGUAGAUUUUGACGGAUGUUUUGCCUUAAGAUGUGCGAGAUGUCAGGCUGGGUUUUGCGCGUAUUGUUUGGCGGAUUGCGGUAGGGACGCGCACGCGCACAUCGGCGGGUGCGAGUUAGGUAAGCAAGUCACAAAGUGGGCGCAGAAGAACAAGUCGACGGUAAACAACAGAGGUCAUCCUCCAGGAACGUAUGGAAGUCCCGCAGCGUUUGACGAGUCGCAACGACUGAGAAGAUUGAGGGAUUUGACGUCUUAUUUCGAGCUCAAGGAGGAAAAGUUCGUGACGGAAGUGUUGGACGCGUUGGAGAAGGAGUUGAAAGAUUUGAACCUUACUAAGAAGGAUGUUCAAAAGUCGCUCGUUGCGUUAAAGAAAAGCAGAAAUAAGCCGCAGAAGAAAAAAGGUGGCAGAGCACGCGGUAUGGAGGACGACAUCCCUGCGGAACAUGGCCAUAAUCCUUUAGAUAUUCUAGGUAUGAUGUUUGGUAUCAUGGACCACGCACCUGGGCGUCAACGUCAGCGAGAGCAGCAACGGAUAGAAGAAGCACGCAGACGGCAAGCACUAGAAGAAGAACGAAUACAACAAAGGGAAGAUAAGCAGAGAAGGCUAGGUAGAAUUAACGACGCGUUUGGAGCGAUGAAGAAAGUUCGCGAUUUGGAAGCAAAGUACCAGCAAGAUAAAGACGCGGCGAUAAAAGCAUCCUUGGAAGAUUUUCGCGAGAAAGUGCGACAUGAACAACCGCAAAUGAGGAAUAACUACAAUAACAAGAACAACGAAAAACCUGGCGAAGCAGUCGUGAUUGAUUUAGCAUCAUCAGGGGAGAAACCGAAUCCGAACGCCGGUAAGCUUAGAGCAGAAAGGCGAGCAAAGAGAGAACGCGAAGCGGCGGAAGCGAAGAGAAGGAUAGAAGCCGCGACGAAAGAUAACGUGAUUGAUUUGGAUCUAAUAGAAUCGCAACAAUCGCCAUCGCCACCGUCUUUAUUUCGAGCGAAACCAUCAUCCGCAAAUAGAAAGCGCGCUGCGUCGCCUGUGAAUAACAGAAACAGCGCGAAAAAGAAACGCGUCGCGCAACAAAGUAACGACAGCCAGGAAGCAAUCGUAUUAGAUUGA